CAUAGGAACUAAAAUCAACCAGAUUGGAACUCAUUCUCAAUUUGUGUUUAAUCUUACCAUUGAGAUGUAAUCAAUUCAGCCACAGUUUAUAAGAGAGAGGAUUACGGGCAGUCUYGCUUAACAAGGCUUUCUGAAGGUCUUCUUCUGCCAUGAUCUUGAAAGUCAAAAAAAUAUGUCUACGCUUUUGGAAAGUGGCCGCACUUUUAUCUGCGUUAGGGACAGUGGUCUUCUUUCUUAAAAACGAAGACAUGUCGUUACGAAAUGAACCUUGUCCCACUUACGGCAGGAAGGAAACUAGGAAGGUAUACGCUGAGAAGAUUUCAAACACUCAAGAUAACAAAUCUCCGAAUUCUACUUUCCUGCCAGUCACAGAGGAUGAGACGAAAAGAAGAGACUGCAGUGUGCCUAUAGACGAUGCUUUUCCGUUAUGUAAAGUCAAAUUCAAGGAAUUCAAACAAACAUGGAAUGAAUAUUGCCACGGGAAAAAGUUUAAAGUGAACAUCAAUGAUCCUUGCUCAAUUCUUGUCUAUCUGAGUGAGGUUGAACCGUGGUGUCCUAGGUUACCAUGGAGACAAAAUGGAAUUAUUCCCUCGGUGGAGCCGCCUAAAAUCUCAGGGCUUCAAACUGACAUCAAGGGGCUCUUGGAGCUACUAGAUGAUAAAGACUUUGAUUGGAUACGAAUGAGAGCCCAGUCCUCUUGGUCCCAGUGGGUUAAUGCUGCUAAAGGACUGGAAAAGAAGGAGAAUCUUGGAGGUCGCAAACGACAACGUAUUGUUGUGUACUUAGCCGCUGUUGGUCAUAAUACCUUCAUUCUCGACGCAGCAUUCAAGGGGGGACCCCUUGGUGAGUUGGUUCAAUGGGCCGACGUUAUCUGUUCUCUGUACAUACUGGGGCACGACCUCAUUGUAUCUACCAGACAUCAACGAUUCAAGAAUGGAGACUUUUUUCAUAGAAUUUUGUCCAAACAUCAAAAUGGCUGCGCAUUAAAGGAAGUAGCAGCAGUGGAUCGUAUCUUUAGCGAUAUCACAGGAUACAGGGUGCUGGGCUGGGAGCUAGGACCAACAUUUCCAUCUUACGGAUGUAAAUUUCUAAUGCUGGACAGCUUUGGAACAGAGGCGGAAUUUAAUUAUGCCUUUUACAAACCACAAUUACGAAGAUCUGCCUGGGGGAACCUGAAUGCUAAGUUGAAGCAGUUUAUGACGAUGUUCCCUCACAGCCCCGAUAAUCUGUUUUUGGGGUUUGCUGUGCCAAUGAAGUCCAGACCUGUACGACUCGACCAACCUGAACCUGAGAAGAAGCCAAAAGCAUUGAUUUAUGGAAAGGACCAUAAUUACUACAGGGGUAAAAGAAAGUAUUUAGACAUACUGAACAAAUAUGUGGAGCUCCACUGCACGAUCCCGUUAGAGGACAAAAAUAUUCGAAGUACGGUUCCUGAAUAUGUUAUAAACCACGGCAUCGUUAACAACACUGAGCUCGUCAGAAUACUUCAAGAAUCGAAGGUUUUCGUCGGCCUUGGUUUUCCGUUUGAAGGUCCUGCACCUCUUGAUGCUGUUGCUAAUGGGUGCUUCUACAUCAACCCAAAGAUUAAUCCACCUCAUAACCGAGAUAACAAUGCGUUUUAUGGUGGUAAACCGACUGCUCGCAAGAUUACUUCACAAAAUCCUUACGCUGAAGAUUUCAUCGGGAAACCAUACGUCUACACGAUUGAUAUGAAUAACGAUACAGAAGUUGAAAAUACGAUUAAAGAAAUAUUAGCAUCUAAGGAAGUUCCUCAUCUUCCCUUUGAAUUUACACACGAAGGGAUGUUGCAGAGAGUGAAUGCAUUUUUGGAAAAUCUUGAUUUUUGUACGUCAGGCCAUCAAUGGCCUCCCAAGUCAGAAAUGAAAGUACUGAUUGGUCAAUUAGGAAAGUCUUGCAGAGACGUCUGUUUUGAAAAAGGUCUGUUAUGUGAGCCUGCAUUUUUUCACUUUCUGAACAACAUUAAAGAGUUAAAAAGAUCAGGAUUCAGUUGUAAGGAAUACAAUAAAGAAGAGUCAAUCUACGCGCCAUCGUUUAACACCACUGACAAGAGCUGCGUCCUUCAAGACAUGCCUUUACUGUACAGCUGUGUUUCUGAAGCUAAAGACACCGCAAGACUAUGUCCUUGUAGAACGUAUCAGAAAGAACAAGUAGCGUUGUACAAAUAGACCGACCUCUUCAGCAAUGUGAUAGUCGUCCAUUUUGAAUUUUGAAUUUGAAUCAGUGGGACGRUGGCGAUUGCUAGAUGAAUCACACGCAACGUGCAUGCUUCCAAUAAUAAUAAUGGAUAUAUCUUCAUAAUCAAUGGAACGAUUUCGGCGAUGAUGCAAGCGUCACAUGUUUUGACCCAGAAUUCAUUGCGGGCUUUAAAUUCGUGCAUCUGUCUGAGUUGAGCUUCGUUAGAAAGCCGUCGAUCAACGUCAAUCAAUCAAUUCAAGAAUUUUUACUCAAAUUGCCCUAUUUCAUAAUGACGUCACAGCUUGUUUACAUGGGGGACAGAAUCACCGAGAACAAUUUCGACAAAAUCUUCUUUCUCUUCGAAAGUUUGGCUUCAAAUUGUCCAGUUUCCAUAUAUGUUAUGUGUCAAGGUUUGUCCUUCGAUAUUAAUAGCAUUUUGUUAUUACCCCUCCCUUCUCUGUUUUGUAAAUGCAAUUUAUUGUGUUUUUUCUUUGUGUUUUUGUCAUUCUGUCCUCCUCUGGCGACCAUGACCCUUAGCGUUAAAACAAUAGACUGUUUUGAUGUGACAUCAUUAUAAAUUGGGCAAUUAGAUUACCUUGAACAUCUCAAUAUUAUUCAUAUACUUAUAACUAGCCAGACAGGAGGAAAAACCUUUAAAGAAAGAUUGAGUGAGUGAGCAUUUUUAGUAGCUAUUCGCUUCAUAGCUAUAAUCACUGGACAUAUUUCAUGGGACAAAUACAAAUAACGGUCUAUGUUUUCACAACUUUUACCAAACGGAAGGGUUUAAAUUGUCUCUUUCCUUUUUAGCCUUUUCAUCUCCGGCCCAGAUUUCCCCGCGAUCAAUGUUGAUUUUUCUUCCGUCCAGUUGGAUCCUCAGCUGUUUUGGAACAACAAUUGUUCGUGGGGGAGGGGGAAAGGAAAGCAUGCUACUAGAACCUCGUCAAAAAUUAAGAUGGGUAAUCAGGCGGUUAUUUGAAAUAAGAACACAAUCGUAGCAAUCCUAACGAUCUCCCCUCCCCUCUCCUCACCCACCAACACUAGACCAAAAGUCUUCUCCUUGUUCCCUUGUAAGACAAUAAGUGGGUGUUUUAUUUAACAUCCUAGAUUGAUGACUGACUUUAUCCCCCCUCUUCCCGCUAUAACCGCGCCAAAAUCCUCUUCGCUUUUCCGUUGAAGCUCUUGAGUGCUUUCUUAAACCGAUUCCUUUUUUUGGAGUACUAAAUGCUAACAUCACCGUCACAGCUUAAUUCUACUCAUACUACUCACUAUAUUAAUGAUCAUCUCAACACGAAAAUAUCCAUAAACCAAUCGCUGUUUUUACGAGUUUAAGAUCUAAAUCUUCAAGUACUUCUCUUUGGUUAAUUUCCAGUUUUUUCCUAGUUAUUCGUAUUAUUCUAUGACAGACAUGGUUCACUCAUCGAAAUGGGCGGCUUUGUCACGUACAAAGUCAAUCUUGUGGCGUUUGACCUUGAGUUUACGUCUUUGUUUCCCGUUUAUAAUCAACGACACAUUAGUUACGUAUAACCAAAAUGAAUAUUCAUGUUAUAACCA